AUGUCACUACGGCUCGAGCGCUACGACGAUGAUGACGGCGACGGCGACUGUGUCGAGCUUCCUAGCGGUCGCCUCGUAUGCCGCUCACAUGGCUUCGUGGUUUGCGGCGUCUGCUGCGUCGACUUUAGCUUCAUGGACGACAUCCUAGACGAGCAAGGUGGCGGCGACAAGGACGGGGACGAGGACGAGGACGAAGACAAGGAACUUCGAGACGAAAUCAUCGAUCUCUACGAGCUAUUGAGCCUAGAAGGCCGGAAGAAGCUUCACGCGCAGCUGGGCCUGGCGCCUCCCCGAGACCCAAGCCCGCCCCAACACCUAGACGCCAAAUCGUCGAAGACGCUGUGCACGCCAUGGGAGGCACCGUUGCGAUCCCCGGGCCGCAGCUGA